ACCCAAAAAGUCGAACGACAUAUUGCGGAUACUAAUCCACCCGAAGUUUUGAAUCCACCCGAAGUUCUGAAUCUACCCGAAGUUCUGAAUCCACCGUACCUUAGAACCGACCCCGAAACCCACCCCAGUUGCCGCCGUCAUGAAAGUAAUUGUCACAGGGGCGACGGGGCUCGUCGGCAGCGGGGUGCUCGCCGCGUGCAUCGCUGACGAGAGGAUCACCCACGUCUUCGCCAUGUCGCGCCGGCCGCUUCCCAAAGCGCUCGCUGACGAUCCAAAGGUCACGUCCAUCAUCCACCACGACUUCGGCUCGUACCCGCCGGACAUCUUGAGCGAGCUUGCAGGCGUCGAGGCAUGCAUAUGGGCUAUUGGCGGCAGGGCCCACCAGUUCCCCGACAUCGAAACCUACAAGGCCGUCCAGGUCGACUUUCCCGUGGCGGCCGCGAACGCGUUCCUCGACAACCUGGUGCCGCAGCUGCCCGCGGGCAAGAGGUUUUCCUUCAUGUUCUGCAGCGACCGGCACGCCGAGUGGGACGAGAAGAAGCCGCUGUGGUUCAACCCUGACACGCGCCGCAUCCAUGGCGAGGCCGAGCAGGAGCUAUGCGACCUGGCAGACACGCGGUGUGGCAGCGCCGGAAGCAAGCACCAUUUCUCUGCCUACUGCGUGCGGCCCGGCCACGUCCUCCCGGCCGGCGCCAACAUGGCCAGCAAGUUCGUCGGGAAGCUGCACUGCUCCAUCGGCGCCGACCAGUUAGGACGUGCCAUGAUCCGCAUCCUGCUUGAAGGCUACGACGAGCGCAUCGUCGAGUACGAGGACCUGGUGAAUCUCUCAUAAGCUGGGUAAUCACGCCUCGGAGUAAUAGAUGGAGAUCACAUCUCCGGCUGGUUGGGUCCAUAUCGGCUGUUCCAGCAGAUCUUCGGGCCUUUGUCUCUCUCUAUCUCUUUUCUCCCCCCUACGGAGUAGUGUUCUUUUUUUCCCUUUAGUCAUUGACACCUUUGCUGUCCGGCAGUUGAGGGGCUUGAAUUCC